GCCAGGAAAGCUAUGCUACAUAUAUAUAACGGUUAGAGAAUAUCUAGGUCAUGCAGAUGUCUUUGUUGUUUUAGAUACACAUGCAGUGUGUCUGCUUGUCUGUUACGAACGCCUGGUUCCAAAGUAUAAACUGACAGAUAAGAAGUUGUACUGUUGACUAAAAUGAUCAAGCGUCAUAUCUAUGUGAUGUAGUGGUACGAUUUUUUUGUUGCAGCUCUUUUGCAAGGGUCUUUAAGGAUCAGCUCCAGUCUCUCUGUGGAUUACUAGUCAUUGCUGGACAUAAACAUGGACGCAAUAUUUCAGUUUGACCCUAAGAACCCGGGCUUGACACAGGAGAUGAAGGACAAAUACAACGAGUAUGGCUACUUCAUCUUAAGAAACGUCCUGGAUGCCGAGGAGAUGAAGAAAAUGAAACACGUUCUGGAAAACAAUGAGGAGAUCAAGAAGAACACGUACGGCAUUGCCGACAGCGAGGGGACCCACACUCGGGUUUGUAUCUGGAGUCACCCCGGAAAUGACGUGAGCGGAAUGGUUGCGAGGUCUGAGAAAAUAGCCGGAUACUGCGAGGAGUUGCUGGACGGCGGAGAAGUGUACCACUACCAUACCAAAUUCAUGAUGAAGAAUGCUAAAGUCGGGGGACGAUUCGAAUGGCACCAGGAUUACGGAUACUGGUACAAGAAUGGCUGUCUGUUCCCGCAGAUCGCCUCCGUUAUGAUGGCCGUGGACCGGUGUGACAAAGAGAACGGUUGUCUUCAGGUACUUCGUGGCUCUCACAAAUGUGGCCGUAUCGAUCAUAACUUUGUGGGGGGACAGACUGGAGCAGACCCGGUGAGGGUACAGGAAAUUGCCAAGAAAUGUCCCCUCGAUUACGUCAUAAUGGACCCAGGAGACGCCCUAUAUUUCGACUGUAAUUUACUGCACAAGAGCAACGCCAACCCGAGUGACAAGAGACGCUGGGCCAUCGUGUUCUCUUACAACCUCAAGUCUAACGACCCUGUCUACAAACAUCACCACCCUAACUACACGCCAAUGACGAAGGUACCCAACUCGGCUAUCAUUGAGUGCACCAACCUGGGCGAAGACAUGUCUGGUAAAGACUUUCUGGAUCCUUCCACUGACAAGACGGUUAAGGCCGACAAGUGAUGACAUCAAGUUCAAGGUCGAACUGCAAAAAUGGCCAAGGCUGAUGCGAGGGUCAAGACCGAAAAGUAAAGAUGGAGCAAGGUCAAAUGUGAAUAUACUUACUUGGAAACAAGUAAAGAUAUAAUACACGUAAUG